AUUCCUUGUUCGGAAAUGAGUUCCUUAAUCUUACCUCAAUGUCAGAAGUACAAGACAGAGGUACUCUUAAAGUAAUUGAUAUGUCAAGGCCCACCACUGUGCAGCAUAAUGAUGAGAGGUCUACUAUUCUCAGUCCAGCCCUAAAUCCCCAAGCAUUCAGUCCUUCAUGUGACUCUUCGUCCCUUUCAGGUGGAUCUGUAGAUACAGAUGUACUGUCAUCGAAUGAGUCUACAAGCUCACGGUCCACUUGGCCUGCCGUCUUUCAUGUGCCUAAGUUCUCCUACGAUUCUGAAAUAAAACUCCGGCAGGCAAGUUUAGCUUAUAUUGAAAAUGGCACUGUACUUAGUUGAAGUCGGCCAUUUUUGACAGUUUGGUGCAGGAAAUUGUGCAGUAUAAAGUCUAUGUCACUGAUAAGGAGAUGGAACAGGUAGCGCAGAGUCUCAUCAAGACACAUCCAUGUUUAACUGAGAAGGGGUCCUCUUCUGGAUGUGGUGGAUGGAAGACCAGUUUAAAAUAUAAACUAUCAAACUACCGCACACAACUGAGAAAACUAGGCUGCCCAGAAGUGACAGUGAACUCUUUAAAAAACAAGCCUGCAGGGAGAUGCAGUGCAGCCUUUGGUGUCAAAAAGGCAAAGAGAGCGGAGGUGAAUUUUUGCCCAACAUAUCCAUCAGCAGAAACUGAGGAAAGUCUGGAGGCCAUGCAGAAAGCUCUGCUCUUGGAUGUAAAGAAGAGAGACAACAGAGAGGUUGUGAAACUCAAGAUGGAAAAGACUUUUGCACACAGAAGACAUGAAGAUGUUCGUGAUGCACCAAUGGUGGAGGAUUUCAUGGCAAGGUGGCCUGCUCUGUUUGACGUCAGUGAGAUCAACGCUGAAUUCAAGAGAAUCGCCACAGUCCCACUUCAGUCCAAGUUUCUGUCUCAGCUUGACCUCCACUCUGACAACCUGAUGAAGCUGUUCAAAAAGAGAGGAGGACAGCUAGGGCAAAGGCUCAAAACGUCAUUGCACAAAUGGCUGAUUGUGAUGAUAUAGAUGCUGGACGGGAGUGUAUCAUCAAGGGAGUCUGUAUCUACAUGGGUGAAGAUCCAGAAAACCUUGUGCAGCAAUAUCUGAUCAAUGCAGAGUUAAUGUGAAU